AUGGAAACAAGGCCAAGUGACUCAAAUUGCUCUCUCGUGGUACUUGCUGUUGAAAGGUGUGUGGUGGUGUGUAAGUCCAUCAGCAACUUACAGUUUGGGGGAAACCACAGUGUUGCAGGGGACCUCUUCAUCUCAAUUAUGGCAUCCACUUGCUCUGUGCCACCUCUCAUUGGUUGGUCCCAUUACAUUCUUGAAUGCAUGCAGUGAUCAUGCUGUGCUGACUAUUCCACAAAGCCCAUCAACAACAAGUUCUUUGUGAACUACAUGUUUCUUGUCUGUUUCACCAUCCCCUUGACCAUUACAUCCUUCUGUUCUCUACUCUGCACAGUCUAAGAGGGAGCAACCGGCCAACAGGAGUCCAACACCACCCAGAGGGCCAAGCGUGUAGUCACACACAUGGACUUCCUUGUUCACUGGGUGCCAUAUGCCAAUGUUGCAAGGUACCAGCUGUUUCUGACACUGCUUUGCCUCUCUGCGAAGAGCUCAGCUCGCUACAAUCCUCGGAUCUACACCUGCGUGAAGUAGUUUCGCCACUGUGUGACGACCUCGCUGUGAUAUGCUAAAUCUGUCUGUCUGCUGUUUGGUGCUGGCCAGGUGUUGUAG